CCGGUGGUGCGCUGCGAGGGGCUGCGGUGGGAAUUCUGGGCGAGCCUUGUGGUCCGCGUUCCCGGGAAACACCCGGUUGUCAACUCGCGGCAGGGUCGUGGGCGGUAGUGGGGGCGCGACUUCAGGCUGCGGAACGGGGGCGGGGGGACCGGUCACAGUCCGUCCCCGUUCUGGGCUCACCUGCAGGACGCAGGAGUCCCCCCAACCCUCGAGGAGCCUCCGUGGCCGGGCUCGUGCUCGGGUUCUCCGGAGCUGACCCCCGGUCCCGGCAUCCCCAGGUCCCCGUCCGGUCAUGGCGAAGCACCUGAAGUUCAUUGCCCGAACCGUGAUGGUGCAGGAGGGGAACGUGGAGGGCGCUUACAGGACCCUGAACAGAAUUCUCACCAUGGAUGGGCUCACUGAGGACAUCAAGCGGCGGCGCUACUAUGAGAAACCGUGCCGCCGCCGGCAGAGGGAGAGCUACGAAACCUGUCGGCGAGUGUACAACAUGGAGAUGGCGCGCAAGAUCAACUUCCUAAUGCGGAAGAAUCGGGCAGAUCCGUGGCAGGGCUGCUGAGGGCCCUCAGAACUCCAGAUGCGACCCCACCUCUGUUUCCAUUGACCUCCCACAAUAAACUCAGGCACAUAUGCCAAGGCUGGUGUGUAAGAGUAUCCCCAACUAGCAGGGGACCUUCUCUUUGAUUCGGUUAGAGAACCAAACCGAAAAGUGUUUUAGGAGUAGUAUAGGGGCUGCCUCAGCCUGGCUGACGCCUUCUGGAUGUCUUCUGGCUGCUCCUGGAGGCCUUCACUCGAAGAGUAGCAGCUGCUCUGGGCGCCAAGGCAGCAUUGAGAGCUGGUAGAUGAUGUAGAAAUUCCUGAGAGCUGACAGCUAGGAUUUCCUCCCCAAGUUUUAUGAAAUCCAAAACAAGAUUAUCAGAAAAGAAUUGUUCCUUACUGCACUACCCCAUAUCCAGUAACUAUUAGGGUGAAAUGGAAGUAAAUAUGGAUUUGGAAUAAAUUUUUCUAAAACACCA